CAAAAUGUCACAAACGUCAAUAAUCCCAAUCACCUUUCGACAUUAAAAAAUAGUUUUUUCAUUGUAUAUUGGUGUUGUCAGAAGUUAUAAAUAAACGUUCGGUUUUUUUCAAUAUAAACAAGUUUAUUUGUGUCAAAAUGCGUACUUAAUAAUUGAACGUUGUAAGAUUUACAAGAUGGAUUGUAUUUUACCAACAUAGUAUGACAAGUUCCACACAAUGUUUGAUAAGACUGAUAACUUGCAUCCUGUUUCUUUCACACAGCAUGUUUGUUUUUCUUGAUAUAAACACUUUGUGCCUGCCUCAGUAGUGCGGUUUCUCUGGUCAAUAAUACAAGUUUUUUGAUAACUAUUGACAUGCAGUCGUGUGUCGGUGUGGACUCGGCCAGUAUGGGCUCCGUUUGGAAGAGACUCCAGCGAGUCAACAAACGAGCUGCCAAGUUUCAGUUCACCGUCUCUUAUCACCAGUUAUCCGUGGACUUUACUUCCAAAUGGGAACCUCACAAAUUGCUGUUGGUGUGGUCGAGGAGGUCGAGACGAGUGACUUCUGUACCGAUGAUGUGGGAGCGAACGUUGCAGAAUCCUUACAAAGGUUUAGUCGUUUGGCCUGUUCCCGAAAACCACCAAGUCGCCGUUACUCUAUUUAAAGACCCCCGUACUAACGAACUCGAGGAUAAGGACUGGUCGUUUUUUAUAGAAGAUGUACCACCGGUUGGAAAAAGAAGGCAAUUGGCCGUUGCCCACGUGAAUAUGCGGAAGUACGCGAGCGUGGAAUCCACGCAAACCGAACUGCAAAUCAACUUCAAACCCACGACUAAAAAAAUCACCAGUGCUAAAUUGGAUUGCACCCUUUCGUGUGUCUUCCUUCGAGAAGGAAAAGCGACCGACGAGGAUAUGCAAUCGAUGGCUUCUUUGAUGUCCGUAAAUAAUAAUAGCGACGACAUCGCUACGCUAGAAGACGUGGAAGACGAAGAUUUUUCGUUAAGCGAUAGCGCCGUUAAACACAGCAUGCAAGAAGUGGCUCAAAAUCUACAGCUGAUGACUAAUAGUUUAUCGGGAUCCGACUUUGCUAGCACGCCGAUCAGUGUCGCGAGUAUUCUUUUGGACGAUAAAACUCCUACGGCUGAAGAUAACAAGCUCGCAAAGACUCCCUUAUCAGUCCCUCCUCCUCCUACGGAGCGCGAUUUUCGUGUGGCCGAUAGCGAUUUCUACUCGGAACAAUGCAUGGAAACUCUCGACAACUUAGAACUCAUAGUAGAAGAGAACGAAAGCGAUAUAGUGAAAUCGCCCGAUGAAAAUAAUAAACUCGAAAUAAAGGAAGUCGCCGUGAAGAAAAUCGAGGUACGUCUGCCUCCAUUGGAUUUGAAAGAGCACAUCGAAACGCCGAAGAGCCAGCAGAAACUGAGCACGCCCGGCCAGGAUUUGCUCGAUUGGUGCAAGGACAUGACGAAGAACUAUCCCGGCGUGAAGGUCACCAAUCUGACGACCAGCUGGAGGAACGGCUUGGCCUUUUGCGCGUUGAUACACCAUUUCGAGCCGGACUUGAUCGAUUUCAAUUCGUUGUCUCCGCACGAUGUCAAAGGGAAUUGUAAAAAAGCGUUCGAUGCCGGCGAUAAGCUCGGUAUACCGAGAGUUAUCGAUCCUUCCGAUAUGCAUAUGCUAGCUGUACCUGACAAAUUGGCGGUGAUGACCUACCUGCACCAGCUUCGGGCCCACUUCACCGGCCACCAGCUGGAGGUGCACCAGAUCGGCAAGACCUCGGAGGAAUCGAACUACAUCAUCGGCAAGUUCAACACCGACAAGGACACCGACAUCACCAAGCAGGUGUUCGGCCAGGAGAUACUGAACUUGCGCAAGAACAAGCAGAACAAGAAGGAGAUCGAUUUGAACAACGCCAACGCCAAGCCCGAUUCCUCGAAGCUCCGGUUGCCGCUCAAAAUCACCAACGAACCGGAGCCGGUUAGAGACGUCAAGGACAAGCAACCGCUGUUCGUGAAGGAUCUGAAGAGUAUCUUCACUAAAGUGAUUACUUCUCCUGAUAAAGAGAAGGCGGAGUUGGCGAAGAAGCAGGAGAGCGGCAAAAAAGCGGUACUCAUGACGAGGAGGGAAUUAACCGAUCCGUUCGGUUCGGAUGACGAGGAACCCGGUACAUGCAAUAAUUUAAAUGCCGAAACGAACGGUGAUAUUAGCAAUAAAGCGGAUGUGGCUGAUAAUAUCGGUGACGAUGAGAAUGUUUUCACUGAUUUACCCAAACCGAAUCCUCAAAUACUCAUCAGACAUUCGGAGCAAAGAGAAAGGGCCCGGCAAUUGAUCGAUUCGGUGAAAAAAGACGGGUCGAAUCCUACCUCGCCCAGUAAGUCCGAAGAAGAACGACAGGCUAUCCUCCGAGAACGAGCGAAGAAACUCAUCGAAGGCAUGAGACGCGGUUCCACUCCUAACACGGAAGUCAUAAUCAGUUCUCAAACAUACAUAGAAGCUGACGAGAAGUUGAAGAAGUUAGAUAACGAUUUGCAGGCCCUCGAGAACCAAGAAAGCGCAGGUUUAGAGAAAAACGGCAACAUAUACUCCAGUGUAAAUAAUUUCGAAGAAUCUUCCAUUAAAUCUAGUCCGAUAGAAAAUUGCAGGGAGAGAAUCACGCCCGAUCGGUUGCCGGACGAAUUGGGUUUGAAAGAGAUGGGCAUCGACGUGCAUUCGUGGAUAGACAAGGAAAUGGAGGACUUGGAGCGAGAGCAAAGGGCCAUCGACGAUCAGGCGGCCAUCUUAGAGAAGCAACUCCGAUCCGUUAUGGAAUCUGGCGAGAAUAACGGAGAAGUCGAGGAAGCUUUAAUGGCGAAAUGGUUCAUGUUUGUUAACAAAAAGAACGCUUUACUCAGACGACAAAUGCAACUUAAUAUCUUAGAGAAAGAAGCGGAUCUGGAAACUAGGUAUAAGAAACUCAACGCGGAGCUCCAAGAGAUCGCCUCCGUGGAGGAUUGGAGGAAAACGGAGGAGCAGCGCAACAGAGAGCAAAUUCUACUCGAAGAGCUCGUACAGAUAGUUAACAAAAGGGACGAAUUGGUUCAUCAUUUAGAUAAUCAAGAAAAAGCAAUCGAAGACGACGAGAUAAUAGAGAAGGAUGUAUCUCACAUCGAGUUACCGGCAAAGGACACCAAUUGCGUGAUUUCCUAAUUAAACGUUUCCGUACUGUAAGUAAAUAAAUCGGUGGAAGACUACAAUGGUACCAUUUGAUAUUUCUUGUGAUUUACGAUGUUUUUUUUUCUUCUAAUAGCUUUGUUAUGUAAUAGAGAAAAUAAUACCCGCGUAAUGAGUUUUACGUUAUUGUAUAGUGCAAAAAAGGAUGAUUUUUAUUUAACGAUUAUUUAAUUUAAUUUUUAUUUGCGAAGUUAUUAAUGAGAGAAGUUAAUGUUAAAUGUAUUUUUAAAUAUAGAACCAGUUUUAUAUGUGUAUAAAGUUCUUUCUUGUGUUUAAAUGCGAUUUAUUGUACAUUGUUUGUGUUUUAAAGCGAAUUAAUAA